AUGGCAGACACAAUGGAUCAUAAAUCCCCCGUGGAAACCAGCGAGCCCGUCCCCCGACCCACCGGCUGGAUGUACAAAUCGACUUCCAUCGGCAAGUUCUCCACGAGCUGGUAUGCCUCUCCGCGCAUCCAGCUCGGCAUGGUCGCCUUCGUCUGCUUCCUCUGUCCCGGCAUGUUCAACGCUCUCAGUGGACUGGGUGGCGGAGGAAAAUCCGAUCCCAGCCUAGCUGAUAAAAUGAAUAUCGCCUUGUACAGCACAUUCGCAGUCGUGGGUUUCUUCGCCGGCACCAUCGUCAACCGGCUCGGCGUUCGAUUGGCGCUCUCCUUCGGCGGAAUCGGUUACACCAUUUACUCCAUUAGUCUCCUAGUCUCGGAGCAUAAGUAUGUUCCCGGCUUCAACAUCUUCGCCGGCGCCUUCCUCGGUGUCUGCGCUGGUCUUCUCUGGGCUGCACAGGGUACCAUUAUGAUGUCUUAUCCGGCCGAGCAUCAGAAGGGUCGAUACUUUGCUUGGUUCUGGGCUAUUUUCAACAUCGGUGCUUGCAUUGGUAGUUUGAUUCCUCUUGGUCAAAACAUCCACGUCAAAGAGAAUAAGACUGUCGGCGAUGGAACAUAUAUCGCUUUCAUCGUCCUCAUGUUCACAGGUGCAUGUCUAGCCCUUUUCCUCUGCGACGCAGACAAGAUCGUCCGACCAGAUGGCUCGCGCGUCAUUCUGCGCAAACAUCCCAGCUGGAAAACUGAGAUCGUGGGACUCUGGGAAACAAUCAGUUCCGAGCCUUGGAUCAUCCUCCUCUUUCCUAUGUUCUGGUCUUCGAACUGGUUCUACACCUACCAGCAGAAUGCAAUUAACGGCGCAUACUUCAACACCCGCACCAAGGCGCUGAACGGCUUCUUGUACUGGUUUGCUCAGAUUGUCGCGGCGGUUAUUAUCGGUCCGCUGCUGGAUAUUGAGAGGGUGAGGCGGUCGGUCCGGGCGAAGGCCGCGCUGGUUAUUCUUUUCAUUCUGACGGUUGUUAUUUGGGGGUCUGGAUAUGCGUGGCAGAAGAAGUAUACCCGGGAUGAUGUGAAUACGGAGAUUCAUCCUGAGUUUAAGGGGUGGGAUUGGUCGACUAGGGGAUAUGUGGGACCUAUGUUCCUCUACUUCUUUUAUGGCAUGUAUGAUGCUAUUUGGCAGGGUGUGGUUUACUGGAUCAUGGGCGCGCUCGGAAACUCCGGUCGCAAGCUGGCUAAUCUGGCUGGCUUCUACAAGGGUUUGCAGUCUGCUGGCGCGGCGGUGAUGUGGUCUCUGGAUGAGCGCAAGCUGCCGUACAUGAAUGAGUAUGCCUCCAACUUCGGUCUGCUGUGCGGCUCGAUUCUUGUCGCUGUGCCGGUUGUCUUCUUCAAGAUUAAGGAUUCGGUUCCGGUUGAGGAGGAGUUGGUGGGCACUGGUGAGACGCUGGAGGAUGUUCUUCCUGCCGGUGCGGUUGAGCCUAAGAACACGGGCGAGAAGGCCUAG